AUGGGGGUGUGGCGUGAGAGCGUGAGAAUCGGGUUAAUUGCAAUGAUGUCAGUGGAGCGUGUGCCGUGGUGUGAGGGUCUCCGACAGCUUCCAGCAGACAUGAUGAUCUCUGUACAGUCAGUCGCUCUGAACACUGAUCUCUCCAUGAACGACAUCGAGCUUCUCCACACUCAUAUUAAUGAGUUGAGGAAGGAGGUGUCAGUGCUGCUCCACAAAUUAUUUACACACAACCCACAAGCUGCGCUACAACACCAGGCAGCAUUUUGUCCUGGACUGAAGACUGAAGUGAAAUCAGAGACUGACUCUGUUGUGAAACUUGAAUUGUGUUCAGCUUCUGAGUGUAAAACUGAACCACAUCACACACACAUCCACCAUGAAGACCUGCACACACUCAAAUGGAUGGAGGACCACAUGGCUGUUUGUAAAAACGAACCUGACCCAGUGGAAAUUUCACACACUACACACACACACGCUGAUGAACACACACCACACAUUCGCGUUAAGGCUUGUUCAGUGAAGCUUGUGGAUUGUAGAACCUCAGACAUCGCACACACUACUGAAGAACCCAGUCUGAUGAAGCAAGGACAUGAAGAUGAUACAGAUGAUGACUGUAGCAGUUAUGGUAAGUUCUCCUGA